AUGCGAAAUCUGCAUUGCCCUGCCGCCCGCCGCCGCCGCUGGACGGUAUCAACGCCCCCGAAAUCUUCAAUGGCGUUCGUGGCGCUCAUGGUGAUGGCGUCCCCUGUCCUGAUAUUGCUCCUGAGGGCGGCAUGGAUCACCCUGUCCUGCUACUUGCUCACGCCGCUGAGAAUCCGCCGGAUCAUGGCGCGUCAGGGCGUCCACGGGCCCCCGCCGCGCCCGCUCAUCGGCAACCUCCGCGACGUGUCGGCGCUCGUGGCGCAGGCCACCGCCAACGACAUGCCGGCCCUGAGCCACGACACCGUCGGCCGCCUCAUGCCGCACUACGUGCUCUGGUCCAGGACAUACGGGAAGUCGUUCGUGUACUGGUACGGGAGCGAGCCGCGCCUGUGCCUGACGGACGCAGCGCAGAUCAAAGAGUUCCUGUCGUCCAAGUACGCGGCGAGCGCCACGGGCAAGUCGUGGCUGCAGCGCCAGGGGACCAGGCACUUCAUCGGCCGAGGAGUUCUCAUGGCCAACGGCGCGCACUGGUCGCACCAGCGCCACGCCGUCGCCCCGGCGUUCAUGCCCGACAGGCUCAAGGGGCGCGUGUGUCACAUGGUGGAGUGCACGAAGCAGACGAUCCGGGAGCUCCGGGAGGCGGCGUCGGUGCCGUCACCCGGCGGCGGGCGGCGUCGCGAGGUGGAGAUCGGCGGGUACAUGGCUCGACUCACCGGCGACAUCAUCUCGCACACCGAGUUCGACACGAGCUAUGAUACGGGAAAGCUCAUCUUCCGUCUCCUCGAGGACCUGCAGCGCCUCACCGCGAGCUCCAGUCGCCACCUGUGGAUCCCCGGCAGCCAGUACAUCCCGAGCAAGUACAGGAGUGAGAUCAGGCGGCUGAACGGCGAGCUGGAGGCCGUGCUAACGGAGUCCAUCGGGCGGAGCAGGGAGAUCGCCGACGAGGGCCGCACGACGUCGGCCUACGGCCGGGGGCUGCUGGCCAUGCUACUGGCCGAGAUGGAGGAGAAGAAGGCGGAGCAGUUCAGCUACGACCUGCAGCUGGUGGUCGACGAGUGCAAGACGUUCUUCUUCGCGGGGCACGACACGUCGGCGCUGCUGCUCACCUGGGCGCUGAUGCUGCUCGCCACGCACCCGGAGUGGCAGAACAGGGCCCGCGCCGAGGUCGCCCGAGUCUGCGGCGACGACCUACCGUCCUACGACGACCUCUCCAAGCUCACCGUGCUGCAGAUGAUCAUCCACGAGACGCUGCGGCUGUACCCGCCGGCGACGCUGCUGCCUCGGAUGGUGUUCGAGGACAUCCGCCUCACCGGCGGCCUCCACCUGCCGCGUGGCCUGUCGGUGUGGAUCCCGGUGCUGGCCAUCCACCACGACGAGUCCAUCUGGGGGCCCGACGCGAACGAGUUCAGGCCGGAGAGGUUCGCGGCGGGCCGGCGCCCGCUGUUCCUGCCGUUCGCGUCGGGCCCGCGCAACUGCGUCGGUCAGGCGUACGCGCUCGUGGAGGCCAAGGUCGUGCUCGCCAUGCUGCUCUCCCACUUCCGCAUCGCCAUCUCCGAUGACUACCGCCACGCGCCGGUGAAUGUGCUCACUCUCCGCCCCAAGCACGGCGUGCCCGUCCACCUCCGGCCGCUGCGGCCGUGAGCGAUAAGACUGAAGAGUGAAGACCCCCCAUCCCCCGAAAUUUGUUUUGUUCGUUUGCUGCCCCGGCCGCCCUGCGCGCCUUCUCGGCUGCAUAGAGUGCCUCAAGUUUUGUUCUCUCAUGUUAGCGCCGCUGACACGUGACACCGGCACGUCAGCUGUUCAUCAAGGUAUCAUGACGCCAUAGCCUGAUGCAGUGUAAGUCCAGGGUUGGUGGAGCUUUUGGUACCGACUUAAGACAGCAUAUAUGUUUGCAAAUGAGUGACAUAAUUACAUUGACUAAUCGCAAAGGAUUAGCACAUGGGUUUGCAAAGUUGCGUUAUCGAGGACUCCUCGGCAUACUAUACUUUCUAGAUCAUGCAGGGUUCACUGCUAUGGAAAUGAUUUUCGCAGGUGGUCGCAGGUGGAGGUUUUUGAUUAGCGGAGACUAGCAUAUUGUCCGUGCUAACGCUACGGUUGAGAGGAAAGAAGAUGAAAAAAAGGGAUCGACGGUGAC